CUGGCUUUGGUUAAAAAGAAGGAGUUUGCUCUGACAGAGUAAGGCGGAAUUAUGGGUGUUUCCCCUCUCCUUGUGCCCCUCGCAUUGUUUCUGUCCCAUGUUUUAGGGGCUCUUGUGGACCCCACGCUCCCCUUCUCGGACUACCUGUACCCAGGAAACAGCACCAUGCUCCAGUGGGGAUUUGACCUGGUGAAGAACUCCAUUCUGUUUGAGCUUAGUAUGAAGACUGCUGGCUGAGUCGGCUUUGGCUUCAGCCACAGUGGAGGAAUGACAGGAGCUGACAUCGUUAUUGGAGGAGUCGGACCUAAUGGUAUAAUAAUACUAAUAAUAUAUUUCACGGACAGGCAUGCAGUGAGGAACUCCGUACCUCUUCUGGACAAGCAGCAGGAUUAUGAAUUGGUCUAUCUGACCGAAGCAUACGGACAAACAGUGAUGAAGUUCAGGCGGUCCAUCAGUGCCUGUGAUGAAAAUGACUGCCUGAUCACUGUGAUGCCGGUUAAGCUGAUCUACGCCUAUGGUGAGACUGACAACAUCAGCUUCCACGGGAGCCAUCAAGGCACAAAGGAAGUGAACCUACUGAAGUUCAUGCCCAGAGUCAGUGUGCCGGACAGCAAAUACUUUGACCUGACCAUGACAAACUUUACUGUACCGGCCCAAAACUCUCACUACCACUGCAAGGUUAUGAGAAAUCCUGCACUCGAUCGAAAAUACCACAUAUAUCGGGUAGAGCCACUGAUAGAUAACCUAGACCUGGUGCAUCAUCUGCUGCUGUACCGCUGCCCACCAAUCGUAACUUCACCCAAAGAGCAAGCAUGUUACACAGAGGAAGCCCAAGCUGAGUGCUACCAGACUGUGGCUGCAUGGGGGGUGGGAGGAGGGGCCUUUGAACUUCCCAAGGUUGCAGGGAUUCCUGUAGGGGACGAUGGAGGGGAAACUUUCUACAGGCUUGAGGUGCACUACAACAACCAUUGUGGCACUGUUGUGACAACGCCACUGACUUCCUCUCAUAUGGCCUGUGUGACGCCGGCUACAUUCCACAGGUCAUCUCUGAGGCUGCUCAAGACUUACAGGUUUUCUCAGUCAUCUUACACACACAUCUGGCAGGAAGGAAGGUGCGAGUUGGCCAAUUCAGGAUAUCUUCUCCUUUCUAGGGACGGGAAGCAAAUUGAUUUCGUAGCAAUGAAUGAACAUUACGAUUUUGAAUUUCAGCAAGCUGUGAACCCCCCGAAAAAACUAAGACCAUUCUGCUGGGGGACAAGCUCCUGGUGGAAUGCACAUACAACACUGGUAACUGAACAAGACUCACUUGGUGAGUGCUACACACUAAUGAGCUCAAAGAGCUGGGAUGGAAAGUCAGUCAGAGUAUCAGUAAAUGCUCAAGAGGAUUCAGCAGUACAUAACAGUCGGGAACAUAGAAAACAUGUCGCUCUUCGUGGGGAUGAUUCCUGAGCUCAGAGCCACUCCCUCUGUGAGCUGCGAUACAAACAGAUCUGACAUGAUGACUCCUGCUGUGGGGUUAGUGCUGCUCCUCUGGCUCUUAGCAUCACUGGGUCAUAACUCUCCUCAUGACCACAGAAAUGGAGGUGGUCAAACAAGAAGACAAGUGACAUUUGAGUGACUAUUCAGUAGUGCUAGUACUAAUUUACUCAGAUAAUGCAGCAAUGAUGUGAAUGGUUGGUUUCAAUGGCUAGAUUUGGAUACUUGGUAUGACGCAAACUGUAUGUCCAAAAGGUCAGAGUUCAGCUAAGCUAUAAGAUGCACCAUUUACUGACACAGGUGCUCUGUUGUGCACAUGCAGUUUGUAUAAUCUCCAUAGAAAAGCCAAUAUAUGGGGAGACACUCUGGAAUGGCUGCACAUGAGCCUGAGGUCACUAUGACCACUGGUAAAUGACUAAAGGGGUAUAAAGCCCCCAACAAUGGGGUGUAGAGCAGCUCCAUCCAAUACAUUUGGAUUGAGUUGGAGUGGAGUUUGUGAUCCAGAGCUAAUCAUCUAACAUCAGUACCUGACCUCACUAAUGCUCUAGUGAAUACAGUCAAAUCCUCACAGCAGUGGUCCAACAUUUAGUGUAAAGCCCACCCAAAAGAGUGGAGGUUGUUACUACAGUAAAGGGAAACAAACUCCCCAAUAAUACUGUUGAUUUCAGAAGAAACGCUGGAUGAGCAGGUGUCUACAAACCUUUGGACAUACAGUUUAUGUUGCUUUAGUUUACUUAGGUAUUUCUUCUCAAUGAAAAUUACACCAAUCAUUAAAUAAAUCAUACUGAUAUUUCACUUAUUUCUUAUACCAGAUGUUUUUUUGUAAAAAGCUGCCGGAAGGAGAAGAUUAUUGUUCUCAGGUAAGCAAAAUGAAUAAAACACUUUAAAGGAGUUGAUUUUCUUCCCACAUUCUGAUAUGUAAGUAAAGUAAUAAAAUGAGAAAAUCAUAAAAGCUA